GGCUCUGCUGCUCAUUUGUCUCAGUGUCGCCGCCAUUAAACAACACGGAGAGCAAUGUAAACCAUGGGGGUGUCGCCGAUUUAAACCAUGAUUCAAGGAGUGCGACUCUUUGCCAAGGUGUGGUUUGUUUUUGAAAGACGUUAAUGUGUCCUCAGAGGUAAACAUGUGAGAGUAAAGGAGGUCGAAAGAACUCGGAUUGAGAAAGGUUUGACAGAGCAGCAGGAGGAGGAGGAGGAGGACUGGACAAGAAGGGUUUGUUGUGGUUUUCAGCAGCACUUGAGAAACCAGCUUAGCUGUAGUACGGUUGACCAUCCAAAGUGAUCCACAAUGACGGAACAGAAGGUAAAGUGGGUCUGUGACUACUGCACUUAUGAGAACUGGCCAUCUGCGGUUAAGUGCACAAUGUGCCGGGCUCAGAGGUCCAGGGGUCCCAUCAUCACAGAGGAACCUUACAAAAUCACCCCUGCUUUGGACGCCACCCUGGAGUGGGACCCCCCCAGGACUGAGAGUGGAAGUAGCCUCCUCAUCUGCCCCGACUCCAGCGCUAGGCCGAGAGUCAGGCCGGCUACUGUGGCUGAGAUCGCCACUAAGUGGUCCUGUCAAAUGUGCACCUACCUGAACUGGCCCCGGGCCAUCCGCUGCACACAGUGCCUGUGUCAGCGCCAGAGGACCAGCAGUCCCACAGAGUCCCCCCAGACUUCAGGAUCCAACGCAGGCUGCCGUACUGCGCCCCACUCCCCUGUGGAUACCUGUGAGGAAUACAAUGACAGAAACAGACUCAACACCCAUCAUCAGCACUGGACAUGCACAGCUUGCACUUACCAGAACUGGCCCAAAACUACAAAGUGUGUGGUGUGCGACCACCCCAAGCCCAAACACCAAGAAGCCAUAGAGCUGGCGGAGUCUGCCGAGCCGACGCCACUGAUCAACGAGCAGGACCGGGCUCGGUGGAGGGGCAGUUGCAGCGGGGGACCGGGCCAGAAAAGGUCCCCUCCUACGCCCAAGAGGGAAGAUAAUGUGAAAAUGGACUUCCAGAGGAUUGAGCUCGCAGCUGGAGCCAUGAGCAGCAAAGAGGAGCAGGAGGUCGACUUCAAGAAGCUAAAGCAGAUUAGAAACCGAAUGAGGAAAACAGACUGGCUGUUCCUCAAUGCAUGUGCUGGCGUGGUGGAGGGGGACCUGGCGGCAGUGGAAGCCUACAAGUCGUCCGGUGGCGACAUCGCCCGGCAGCUCACUGCAGACGAGGUGCAGCUCCUCAGUCGCUCCUCUGCGUUUGAUGUCGGCUUCACGCUGGUGCACCUGGCCAUCCGGUUCCAAAGGCAGGACAUGCUAGCCAUCCUGCUCACUGAGGUGAACCAGCAGGCAGCUAAGUGCAUCCCCUCCCUUGUGUGCCCCGAGCUAACGGAGCAGAUCCGCAGGGAGAUCGCAGCCUCACUACAUCAACGCAAAGGAGACUUCGCCUGUUACUUCCUCACUGACCUGGUCACCUUUACCCUGCCUGCAGAUAUUGAGGAUUUGCCGCCUGCUGUCCAAGAGAAGCUGUUUGAUGAGGUGCUAGAUCGAGAUGUGCAGAAAGAGUUGGAAGAGGAGUCUCCAGUCAUCAACUGGUCUUUAGAGCUGGGCACACGCCUAGACAGUCGCCUGUAUGCCUUGUGGAACCGCACUGCUGGAGACUGCCUUCUGGACUCUGUUCUACAAGCCACCUGGGGUAUCUACGACAAGGACUCUGUGCUCCGCAAGACACUGCAUGACAGCCUUCACGACUGCUCUCACUGGUUUUACACACGCUGGAAGGAGUGGGAGUCGUGGUACUCGCAGAGCUUCGGUUUGCACUUCUCCCUCAGAGAGGAGCAGUGGCAGGAGGACUGGGCGUUCAUCCUGUCUUUGGCCAGCCAGCCCGGGGCCAGCCUGGAGCAGACCCACAUUUUCGUUCUCGCACACAUUCUUCGGAGACCCAUCAUAGUCUACGGAGUGAAGUACUACAAAAGUUUCCGUGGGGAAACGUUAGGAUACACUCGCUUUCAAGGUGUGUACCUGCCUCUGUUAUGGGAGCAGAGUUUCUGCUGGAAGAGCCCAAUCGCCCUGGGUUACACGCGGGGCCACUUCUCCGCCCUGGUGGCCAUGGAGAACGACGGCUACGACAAUCGCGGUGCGGGCGCCAACCUCAACACUGACGAUGAUGUCACGGUCACUUUCUUGCCGCUGGUGGACAGCGAGAGGAAACUGCUGCACAUUCACUUCCUGUCUGCACAAGAGAUGGGGAACGAGGAGCAGCAGGAGAAGCUGCUGAGGGAAUGGCUGGACUGCUGCGUGACAGAAGGAGGCAUGCUGGCAGCCAUGCAGAAGAGCUCCCGCCGCCGCAACCACCCCCUGGUCACCCAGAUGGUGGAGAAGUGGUUGGACAGAUACCGACAGAUCCGCCCCUGUGCCUCUCUGUCUGACGGCGAGGAGGAGGACGAUGAAGACGAGUGAGAGCUCUCACUUUCAGACCGGACACUGGGGGGGCUCUGGGAGAGAUAAAAAACCUUACUAUCUACAUUUCUGUUUCUUUUCUUUCAUCAAAGUGUAAAUCUUUAACUUGUUAUAAUGCAUGUGGUCUGUGAGCUCUGUGAUAGAUACAACAAAAAAAAAGAAACCAGCACCAACAAACAGAAUCCUGAUUACUGCUCCUGUGAAAGCACAUCAAGUCUGCAUAGUUUGAACUCCUGUACCCAGAAUUCUCCUUGAAAUCAAAGUGAACAUCUCCACCUGAGAGAAAAACCAGGAAUUAUAGGAAUAUAUUAAAGUCAACCCUGACACCGCUCUACAUGGGAAAUUUCAUUUACAGAGAUGCCUGACAGAAAUUUAGCUUAAACCGAGAUGAUGCUAAUCCCCGUGUGUAUGUUUAAGGUUUAAAGAACCCUGUUUUCCCUCUGCGACCCCCUCCCCCGAUGUUUGGAUUUAUUUAUUUGUUUAGGAGAGGCGAUACCCUUUUUUUUUUGUCCUGUUUUAUCUGUGUUCUGUUUGAUCCCUCGGGUCUUGAAGUAUUUUAUUUUGCACAGAUUAUACCCACAUUCUGUGAGCGGGAGGGGGGAAAGGACAUGUAAGUUUACUGACAUUUUUACGUGUGGUUUAGUGGCUCAUGGUCAUGUAAGAGUGGGUGGUGGUGAUGCUGGUGGGGAAAACAGAAAACCAAACACUCUGCCUCUUUCUAUAGAGUGCAUUCAUAUUAAAUUUGACUCACUUGCAUCCUC